CAAAUCAAGUUGCCUCCUGCCUUUUCAAUCUAUUGACUUAUUUUAUGUUUGUCUGGUUGUCCUUGCUGAAUUGGUACUAAAUCUGAUGCAGACUCCUAAUGCCAUGAAUAGUCUAUGCGGUUACAAGAUAGUGACUGGCCAACCAUCUGACAGGCUCGGGGAGGAUUUUUCAGACCAGUACAAGGACUUCACUGAGAGGUUAAGCAGGAUUUCUUGGCAAUCACAUGCUUUGCUGCCGUUUGUUUCCUUGCUCUGCUGCUUAAUUUUAGGCUUUGCCGUUUGGUUUUUCAGCAAUUGUGCUCUCAGGAAAUGGUGAAGGGUGGGAAGCUAAUCUUCUCAUUUGAUGCAAUAAAGAAAGCUCGCUUUGGUGUACUCCCACAAUAUGCAAAAGAUGAGCUUCAAAUCAGAUGGUUUGAGCUCCCAAAUUGCUUUAUCUUCCAUAAUGGUGGGAAGCGCCUUGUUCCUGUGGGUCUAGGAGAUGAUUGUCAAUGCAUUGAGGAGGGAGCUUCACACACCAUCUCCGCAAAGCUACAAUUUGAAGUGCUAGCCUUUACUAUAGCUUAUUUUGUAAAUUUGGUUUUGCAAUGAAACAUCUUCAAGCACAUUAUUUUCUUAUGUUUUUCUUUGGAUUAAUCUCUAUUUUGAUGGAAUGUAAUAAACUUCUGUUAAUUUAUUUCCCUUGAUCUUAAAUUUCAUGUGUUUAUCUGGGUUUAAAAUUGUUCCUAAAAUUCCGUCCUAAAAUCUGACUGUUGGCAA